GAAGAUCCAACAUUGAUAAUGGAUGAUUAUGAAUGAUGAUGAGCUCUCAUAGAAAUGAAGAUGUGUUUGAAUUUGAAGAAAUUUAUCGACUGCCGGAUGUGAUCUUUGAUACUAAUAAUCCGACCUUUACUAAAGGUAACAAUUUUGAGAUCACACCGAGUAUUGAUCGUAGUUGGAGAUCAUCUGGACAGCUCAUAUGUUUCGGGAGCUUGUCGGACUUUGAAACUUCUAACCCUAAACUUAGUAAUGGAAGCAAGAAGAAGGUUGGGUCAACUUCGAUUAAUAAUGAGCAUGUAGUUGCGGAGAGGAGGCGAAGGGAGAAGAUGACUCAAGGGUUUAUUGCUCUCUCAGCCCUAAUUCCUGGUCUCAAGAAGACGGACAAGGCAUCUAUCUUGGCUGAAACAAUUGAAUACCUAAAACAACUUGAAGAACGAGCCAAAGUUUUGGAAGAGCAGACAUCAAAGAGGACAAUGGAGUCGGUUUGUCUUGUUAAGAAGAAACAAAGGCAUACUUUAAAUGAUAAUUCUGCAACUUCUUAUUCAUAUGAUCAUCAAUACUCCAAUAAAACUAUAAAUUUUGAUGAUAACUUGGAAAUUGAAGCCAAGGUUUUAAACAACAAUAUCCUUAUUAGGGUUCACUCUCUUAAGAUUCAAGGCCUCAUUCAAAAGAUUAUUGAGGAAAUUGGAAACCUUAAUAUGAUCCCAUUAAACUACCAAACCAUGCCUUUUGGAAGCUAUGACAUUACUAUGACAAUUGUUGCUAAGGCGAGUGAUGAUUUUAGCAUGACCUCGGAGGGUUUGGCAAAACACUUGGGAAAUGCUCUCCAAAAUAUUAUAUCCCUAAAUGUUUAA